UCAGAUCGCCGUGCUGUCCAUAGUCUGUCACGCGUUCUUUUCUAUUAGUGGUAGUUUCUUGUGUAAAAACGUAGUGGACUAGUGUUUAUAUUCUCUUUGUUCUUGUGUAAUUGCAGUGCGAUUUCCCUGAAUUCAACAAAUCAUCAACAAUAUAUUUUCUGCAUUAUAAGUCCUUGUUGCUGAUGAUUCUUUUUUGAUCACUUUAGUAAGCCUAGUCUACAUAAUCAAGAUGAUGAGUGACGAUGAUCGGGAUAUUGAUAUUGAAAGUGAUGCUGAAAAUGAUUCUGACUCCCGAACACAUGCCAGGAAUAGCUUAGGAUCUAGUGGAUAUUAUUCACAGGCGGAGAAAAGAGCGCACCACAAUGCAUUAGAAAGAAAAAGAAGAGAUCACAUUAAGGAUAGUUUUACUUCAUUAAGAGAAUCGGUACCAGCUCUUCAGAAUGAGAAAGUGGCAAGUCGAGCACAGAUAUUAAAGAAAGCAGCUGAAUACAUCCAGUUCAUGAGGCGGAAAAACAAUUCUCAUCAGCAAGAUAUUGAAGACUUAAAGCGACAAAAUAAUAUGCUUGAAUCACAAAUUCGAACACUUGAAAAAAUGAGAGCCACGGGUAAUUACGUGGACCCAAACGAGCUAGGACUUGGUAUCAAGUCCGAGGGCAGCUCACAUGACACAGACAGUUCUGAUGGUGAAGGUACCACACGACGUGUCAAAAAACUUAAAAUAAAUGGAGUCAGUGUCUAGUUUGUAUGCCUCUUGUAAUUUAUAAGAUGAUUCUCACUUGUGGUAUUUAAAGAUUAUCAUAUUUGAUAAUUUUUAGGAGUUAAACUUUCAACACUACCUGCACAUUAUUAGUUUUGGAUAAAAAAAAUAACUUCUGUCGUUAAUUGGCUACGGUUGAGCUAUUUUCGUGACAUUAGUAAUUUUAUCUUCAAAAUUUUACAUUUUUAUUAUAUGUGUCACAAUAUUAUAGUAUAUGUGUCACAAUAUAGGAAUUUAUUCCUAAACUUUUUCUUCAUUGUAGAUCCUUUUGUUUGAAACAAUAGGGACUUUAGUGAGUCAUCAGUGCAGGUAUAAAUGUAGGGAAAGGUGGUUUCGCAAUGUAGAUACAUUGAAAAAUUAUAAACAAAAAAAAAAACAAAGCAAAAGCUAGUGUUGGAUACUUACAUUAUAUUUAAUUAACUUCUCAGCUGCUUAAGCUCUGAUCAGCGC